AUCGACUGCGUGAUUGGCACAUUUUAACGAAAGCUCUUGAUCGUCUACAAUACUGAAUGUUAUGUGGAUUAUAACGAAAGCCUCAUUUUGAUUUCAUCAAACCAAAAGUUCGAAAAACAAUGGAAAGUCUGACGGAACAAUCUGCACCUGAUGCUGAAGCUAUAGCGAGUGCCAACAACAUCUUUUUAAAAGGAAAGACCUUUAACGACCCUUUUCAUGGACAAGUGAAGGUACAUCCUGUGUGUGUCCGAAUUAUAGACACGCCACAGUUCCAGAGGUUGAGACACAUUAAACAACUAGACACCUGUUACCUGGUGUACCCAGGUGCCAGUCAUAAUAGGUUCGAGCACUCUAUAGGAGUAUGUUACCUAGCAGGAAAGUUAUUGAAAACAAUUGGAGAUAGACAACCGGGCGAGGAAAUAUCUGAUAAAGACAUUCUGUGUGUCGAGAUAGCUGGACUCUGUCACGAUUUAGGUCAAGGACCCUUUUCUCAUGUUUUUGAAAAGAGAUUCAUGCCGAAAAUGAAAAAGAAGUUUACGCAUGAAAAUAUUGCUCGGACGAUGUUUGAGUACAUGCUAAGUAGCGAAAACGGACAGUUGAAAAAGGAUAUACAAGAGAUACUUACAGGAUGCGGGCUUUCUCGUUUCGAUGAACAAGACUUCACCUUUAUCUGUGAAAUGAUUGAUGAUCCAAAAGACAUCGAAAAACGGGAAUGGCCAUACAAAAGUAGAAAUAAAGACAAAAGUUACAUGUAUGAGAUAGUUGCAAAUAAAAGAAACGGUAUCGACGUUGACAAAUGGGAUUAUAUUGCACGUGACAGUUACAUGCUGGGAAUGAAAUUCAAUGUCGAUUACAACAGGUGUUUUACUAAUGCAAGAGUUAUCAAAUGCAACGGGAUAAACGGCAGGCAAGAUUCCUCAAAUACCGGUAAUGGCCAAGUGUACCGAAAACAAAUAUGCUAUAGAGAUAAAGUAGCACAGGACUUGUAUGACAUGUUUUACACAAGGAUGACAUUACAUAGACGGGCAUAUCAGCACAAGACUCAUAAAAUCAUCGGAAUGAUGAUUUGCGAUGCAUUAGAAUUAGCAGAUGCUCAUUUUACAAUACAUGGCAAAAGAAUUUCAGAAACCGUUGACGAUAUGGAAGCCUAUACAUAUUUGAAUGAUGACGUCAUUCAGUUGAUUAUUAAUGAUAAUAAUCCAAAGCUUGAUGCAGCACGAGAAAUUUUACUUGAUAUUAUGUACAGACGGUUGUUAAAAUGUGUCACUCAAACACAUUGUAAGGAUAAAAACUUGACAGAAAUUGAUUUAAAAGAGGGUAUAUGGGGAUAUCUGAAGGGAACAGGAGUGAAAGAAAUGUCCCUCCAUUACGACAUUGUAAAGUUCAAUUAUGGUAUGGAAGAUAAAAACCCUUUGGAAAAAGUACGAUUUUAUACAAAAGACUACUUAGAUGAGCCAAUAAAACUAGCUAAAAACCAAGUCUCCUACGUACUGCCGGACGUUUUUGAAGAGUGCAUCAUACGCCUAUACUGCAAGAUUGAAGACCCAAGUCAAGAAUCAAUUGUCAGAAAGGUUACAACAGCAUUUGGAGAAUGGUGUCGUGAAAAGGGCUAUCCUUUACCACAGGAAUUGUCAAUCAGCCAAACGGAGAUGAAACAAUUGACUGAAGUAAUUGAAGAUGCAUCAUAUGACUCAAGAACACACAUGCACGUGUCAAGCAGUCAGACGGCAGUAAAACAAAUAGCUGAAUCAAAUGAAGAAGCAUCAGAUGAUUCAAAAGAAACACAAAGACAAGUAUCAAGUAGUCAAACGGCGGUAAAACAAUUAGCUAAAUCAUCAAAUAGAGAAUUAUUAGAUGAUAUAAGAGAAACACAUAUGCACGUGUCAAGCAGUCAGACGGCAGUAAAACAAUUUGCUAAAUCAAAUGGAGAAGCAUCAGAUGAUUCAAGAGAAACACAAUCACAAGUGUCAAGCAGUCAAACGGUUGCGGUGAAACAAUUUGCUGAAUCAAUUGGAGAAGCAUUAGAUGAUUCAAGAGAAACACACAUGCACGUGUCAAGCAGUCAGACGGAAGUAAAACAAUUUGCUGAAUCAAUUGGAGAAGCAUCAGAUGAUUCAAGACAAACACUCAGACAAGAGUCAAGCAGUCAGCCGACUGUGGAACAGUUAGUUGAAUCAAAUGGAGAAUCAUCAGAAGAUUCAAGAGAAACACUCAGACAAGAUGGUACUUGUGAAGAUCAAACAACAGAACCAUUCCCGGAACCUGCUCAGUUUGUAACUUCUGGAGAGCCAUCUUCAUCUCUUUUUUUGUUUUCUUUCUUUGUGUGUUUUUGUGUGUUUUUGUUUUUUCUUUUUAUCUAGGCCCUUAAAGGGUCACCCCGUUUAUUUUGAACACAGAUAAAUACUUACAAACAUGCAUACUUAGACACAUAUAUCUAAAUCGAACAAACAAAAACGCAUGCUACAUUCAAACAAACACAAAUAAAAAAGAGGCCUGUGAUUAAUGUUAAAUCUUUUCUAUGUAUAGUUAUGUUCCAUUUUCAUCUUUUUAGAUAGAUAUACUAGUAGCUCCAUAUGAAUAGCCAGCUCAAAGUUACAAACAUUAAAUCUGAUAUGUUAAUGAAACAACAAACAAAUUUAGUGUCUCUGAUGAUUACUCAACAGCUGUAUCAAAUUAUGUGUUUCUAGUGUUUUUCUUUCUUCGGACAUUUCAUUUCUUGAAUGAUACCAUACAUUUGUACAGUAUGUUGUUACUUUUUGUUCUGAAAUUUUUAUCAUCGCUUAUAUUUUCUUAACAAAAACUCAAAAGAUUUGCUUUACUUUUAUUAGUAAUAAUUAGUUUACUUUGCAAAAGAAUGAAUAUUCUUUUCAACAUUGUUUCAUGUAAACACAAAAUAUAUUUUGUCUGUCCAAAUUUAUUAUCAAAAUUAUCACUACUUAAGUAAUUCACAAAUUUAUCUGCAAUAUGUUAACGUUCGCAAAUAAGGCAUCGUAUCAAUAAUGUUGAUAAAGCUCACUUUAAGAUGUUGCAUUAGGUAAUUUUUUUUCAAAUAAACAUUCAUCGAAAAUUCAGAUCUGUUUGCAUGCAUGCAAUAAUACAAAAGGUAGAUGGAUAUAAGUCAUUUUUCAAAUAAAACAUUCACAUGGUUUUCUCACUAUGUAAAUGUUUAGUAGUUGUUUGUUGUUGGUUUUUUUCGGUUUAUUUUGUUGUUUUUCAUGCACUAUUGUUGUUCCUUAUUUCAUUACCAGAUCAUGGCUUUUUAGAAAUAAUUAGAACAUUAUAAUACAUUUUUCACAUGCAUAUAGAUUAUUGUGGUGCGGUAUUGUACUACUAGUGUUUUUUCAUUUCUAUUUGUUUUAGAAAUUAUAGAAUUUUUUUAGGGUUUUUGUACAAAAUAUAUAUACAACAAGUUUUUGUUAAUUCACGUAAUGUUACAAUGUACUUUGCAGAAAUGUUUACAAUUUCACUGCAGUUCGAAAUGAUGAAUUAUAUCAUAUUUUAUACUAGAUAUGUGCCUAGAUUAUACAGUAGACAAAUAUAGGAAAUGUUUCUUAUCCGUGUAGAAUGCAAUUGCUCAUGUAUUCGUAAAAUCGUAAAACAAACAAGACAAUGAUAUAAAAUUGCAUAAUGUUAUUUUUGAUUAAAAAAGUCUCGGUUUAUUAAAACGCUAUUUUGUCUUGUUUCCCUGCA